AUGGCUUCCGCAGGAAUUGUGAAUAUUCGUCGCGAUGUCGAUGACAAGUUCUACCGCUACCGCAUGCCCCUCCUUCUCACAAAAAUUGAAGGCAAAGGCAAUGGUAUCAAAACCGUCGUCCCCAACAUGGCAGAUGUUGCCCGUGCCUUAUCUCGCCCUCCCACUUACCCUACCAAAUUCUUCGGCUGUGAGCUCGGUGCACAGACCUCCUCUGAUGACAAGAAUGAACGCUACAUUGUUAACGGCGCUCAUGAUGCCUCUCGCCUCAGGGAACUGCUCGACGUCUUCAUCGACAAAUUUGUCCUUUGUCGUUCAUGCAAGAACCCUGAGACGGACCUUAUCAUCCUCAAGAGCGGUCGUAACGAGGAUAUCGUCAGGGAUUGCAAAGCUUGUGGUGAGAGGACGGGCGUCGACAUGAAGCACAAGCUCGUCACCUUCAUUCUGAAGAACCCGCCCAAGAACCCCAAGAAGAGCAAGAAGGGGGCCAAAGGCGAGACAAACGGAAAUGGUGGUGGAGUACACGCAUCAGCUCCAUCUGUUCCUGGCGACGAAAACACUGGCGGUUCUGGUGGUGACAGCGACGACGAGCUUACCAAGAAGAUCAAAGCCGAAGCCGCUGAGCUUACUACAGAAACCAAGCUUGCGGCUCAAGAUUGGUCGGCUGAUACAUCUCCUGAGGCCGUCAAGGCUCGCGUUAAGGCGUUGGAAAAUCAGGUUGGCGGACUAUCACUUACGCCUGCUGGCGGCUUGGGAGAUGAUGAGGGUAGUGAUGACGAUGUGAACAGCCCUUACGCCCAGUUUGGUCGUUGGGUUGAAGAGAACAAGGGCGAUGCAGGUGUUAGUGCUGUGCAGAUCUAUCAGAAGGCCCAAGAAUUUGGCGUCGAGAAGAAACACAAGACUGUCCUCGUUCUUGUUCAAGCGCUGUUCACCGAAGAGGUUGCGAAAGAGAUCGAUACGUACAAGGCCCUGCUUGCAAAGAUGGUCACCUCCGAGAAGCACCAGAAAGCUCUCUUAGGUGGAAUCGAGCGCCUUGUCGGGCUUGCCCACCCUGAGCUCAUCCCCUCCGUACCAAAAAUUCUUAUGGCCUUGUACCAGAUCGACGUCUUGGAGGAAGACGUAGUGACUCAGUGGGGUACUCAUGUCAGCAAGAAGUACGUCGAUAAGGAGACGAGUAAGAAAGUGAGAAAGGCCAGCGAGCCGUUCUUGAAGUGGCUUGAGGAUGCGGAUGACGAUGAAUCCGAGUGA